CGCAGACUCAAACAGGUACAUUUUCCCCGAGGAUGAGCGAGGUGAGUUUUGAGCCGAGUACUUACACCACUCUGGCAGACCAUCAUUUGCAGCAACAACCCAGCGAACACUUGCAACGCUCCGAUAACACCUUGACCGAACAGCCUCCGAUAAUCGAGCCUUCUGUCGACAGAGUAAAUUUGAGUUCCAGAGAUCCGAAAAAGAUAAUAUCAUUCAGUUCUAGUGACCCAGAAAGUCCAUACAACUGGAGCAAGAAGAAGAAGGCCCUCGUUUUCAUUGCGGGAAUCAUCACGGUAAUCAAUAGCACGCUGAGCUCGUCUCUACCCAGCAAUGCGAUCGACUUCAUCGCUCGAGACUUUGGCGUGACCAGUCAAUUGCAACUUCCUCUACCAAUCUCUUGUUUCCUGGCCGGCUAUGUCGUGGGACCAACAGUGUGCGGUCCACUUUCUGAACACGUUGGUCGAAAACCCGUCUUCUUUAGUUUCUUUCUCUUCGCUACUAUUUUCAGCAUGGCUUGUGCCGUAGCUCCCAACUGGCCAGCUCUGUUGAUUUUCCGAUUUCUGUGCGGAGUAGGGUCGUCUGGGCCGAUUUCGGUUGUGGGAGGAUUAUAUGCUGAUAUAUACAAUGAUCCCCGGCAGCGAGGAGUGGCAAUGGCUUGGUACAUGGUUGCGACAACAUUUGGGCCGGUUCUCGCACCAAUGAUAUCGGGUUUUAUCAGUGAGAACACCACGUGGCGGUGGACCUUUGCCGUUGGCACAUUGUUCGCCGUGGCCACGAUCCCGCUGGUUUACAUCAUGCCGGAGAGCUAUACACCGGUGUUGCUAAGUCGGAGGGCCAAAAAACUUCGCAAGGAAACGGGCGAUCCGGAGAUUAUCGCACCUACUGACCUUCAGAAAAAGACCUUUCGGCACGUCCUCACGGUGGUCAUGACAAGACCGUACAGAAUGCUUUUCCGUGAGGUAAUUGUCAUGUGCACCUGUGCCUACCUCGCUCUGGUAUACGGUAUAUUUUAUAUCUACUUCGAAGCCUACCCGAUGAUCUUCCAAGGCCCUGAUUCGAUAUACAAAUGGUCUUAUGGCCUAGCGGGGCUUGCCUUUUUGCCGAUUGGUUUUGGGAGCAUUUUUGCAGCGCCUAUCUUUCUGUGGUGGGAUUCCUACCUAGCGAAAGCGCAGAAACGCAAAGAGAAAUGGGCAGAGAAAGAAGAGUACCGACGACUUCCGCUGGCCUGUCUUGGUGGUCCGCUGUACGUGGUGUCGAUUUUCUGGCUUGGUUGGAGCGCAAAGCCUGGGGUUUUUUGGCUUGCACCUGUUGCCUCGGGCGUCAUAUUCGGCAUGGCGUUCUUACUCAUCUUCAUGGCAAUGUUGAACUAUUUGACUGAUGCCUAUGAGAUAUUUGCUGCAAGCGCUCAAGGUAUUGCAAGCACUUGUCGCAGCUCUCUGGGAGUUUUGCUUCCACUUGCAGGACAUAAAAUGAUGUCGAGACUCGGCAUCGCAUGGGCGUGCAGUGUAUUGGGAUUCUUGAGCAUGGGAAUGUGUUUGAUACCCUUUGCUUUCAUCUGGUUCGGCGACAAGAUCCGAGACAAUAGCAAGUUUUGCAAAGAAUUGAAAGAGCUCAAAGCACGAGCUGCGGCUGAAGAAGACGAGAAAGAAAGCAGCCAGAUGAGCCUCGCAGCAACGGCUCACGGGAUGAUGAACGAUGACGAAUGCCAGAAGACCACGGAGAAAGUGUAUAGCAAGGUAUGACAUCUGUGGUUGCUUGCUGUCAAGAGUCAGCGGCUCUGGAACACGUAUGGAAGUGAGGCGGCGACUACUUCAUCCGACAUAGCGCGGUGUUAUCGGGGUUGAGAUAGCCGAUAUGCAGCCACUGUUUCAUCUUUUUCUCGACGCCGCCGUUGAUAGAGG